CUGGUCACACUGAUAAUUGGCAAAGCACAUUGCACACUAGUUUCGGUUUUUGUGAUAUGCCCAGCAUGAAUUUUGACAAGAAAUAUUGCACUAGUCAAAUAAAUGGCACUGUAUACAUGACGACGAUGAAGAAUCUAUCGGAGGAGCAGCUAACGAAGCUUAACGCAGGCGCUGGCGAGAUCUAUCUGUCCAACAUACCCAAGAAAUGCAGCGCCAAGCGCAUAAUGCAAGUUGCGGUUAAACUAGGCGAAGUCUAUAUGCUACGCCAUAAGAUUGAUUUUCUAAGGGACAGUCGUGGCUUUGCCUAUUUACAGUACAUCAAUGAGACGCAUGUGAAAAACACAUUGCAUGCCUUACAGCAACUUUUUUGGAAUGCCAAGCUCGGAAUUAGAGUGAGGAAGUCGCGAAAUCAACGUAGAUUGCUACUCAACAAUGUGGACCGACUAAGCCCAGUGCAGGUGUACCAUGAGCUAUCGAAAUAUAGUCAAUAUAUCAAACUCUGCGUGCAUGAAGUACAGCCCUACUACUAUAUAUACGUCAUAGAGUAUCGCAACAAUGAUAAAGCAGCCAUAGCACAUCAUAUGCUGCGCAGCAAAAUGGGACACUUUGGCGCGAAUGCGUACAUCGAAUGGCUGGACAAAUACCAAGAGAAUAAUACCAGCCAAACGCUGCCCAGUUGCUGCCUACAGCUGCAGCAACCAGUGACUGAGCAGCAAUUGCCCGCUAUCCAUGAGAAAUCCGAGCAUGUAUGCUUUAUAAUUUAAGUGCAAUUUAACAUAGU